GCCUCGGCGGGGCCGUCGGCUACGUGCUGGGUGGGCUGGACUGGACCCAGACCUUCCUGGGCAACUGGUUCAGAACGCAGAGCCAGGUGCUCUUCUUCUUUGCCGCCGUCAUCUUCACAGUGUCCGUGGCGCUGCACCUCUUCAGCAUCGAGGAGGAGCAGUACAACCCGCAGCAGGACCGCUGCACCGAGGAGACCGCCCUGCCCAGCACCCGCCUCAGCGCCUUUGACAGGGGCGCGCAGCUCGGCGGCUCCCUUUUGCCAGACGAGGUGCAGUCGGAGCAUGAGCUGUCCCUGGACUAUCUCAGCGUGGACAUAGUACGCAGCAAGAGCGACUCGGUGCUGCACGUGCCCGAUGCCACACUGGAGCUGGAGCCCGAGCUGCAGUUCCUGCACGACAUCGAGCCCUCCAUCUUCCAGGAUGCCUCCUACCCCAACACGCCCUGCAGCACCAGCCAGGAGCUCCCGCAGGCCAAGCUGUCCCGCCGGUCCACGUUCCUCAGGGAGACCAUGAAAGAAGAUGACACCCUGCUCGAUAACCACUUGAAUGAGGCAAAAGUCCCCAAUGGAAGCGGAUCUUUGCCAAAAGAUGUCCCCAGCAGCUCCAGCAGGGUGGACGUGAAGCCCUCGGCUGUGUCUGCCUCUGCGCGGCGGCGCCGGCACAGGUUCCACCGGCAGGCCUCCAGCACCUUCUCCUACUAUGGCAAGAUCGGGUCCCACUGCUACCGCUACCGGCGGGCCAACGCGGUGGUCCUGAUCAAGCCGUCCCGCAGCAUGAACGACCUGUAUGACCUGCAGCAGCGGCAGCGGCAGCGGUGCCGGCGCAGGAACCAGAGUGGGGCCACCAACUCCAGCGGGGACACGGAGAGUGAGGAAGGGGAGGGUGAGACCACCGUGCGCCUGCUGUGGCUGUCCAUGCUGAAGAUGCCCCCAGAGCUGAUGCGGCUGUGCCUGUGCCACCUCCUCACCUGGUUCUCCGUCAUUGCCGAGGCCGUGUUCUACACCGACUUCAUGGGCCAGGUCAUCUUCGAAGGGGACCCCAAGGCCCCCUCCAACUCAACCGCCUGGCACUCCUACAAUGCCGGGGUGAAGAUGGGCUGCUGGGGCCUGGUCAUCUACGCUGCCACCGGUGCUAUUUGCUCAGCCCUGCUACAGAAGUACUUGGACAACUACGAACUGAGCGUCAGGGUGAUCUACGUGCUGGGGACGCUGGGCUUCUCCGUUGGCACAGCCGUGAUGGCCAUGUUCCCCAACGUCUAUGUUGCCAUGGUCACCAUCAGCACCAUGGGCAUCGUCUCCAUGAGCAUCUCCUACUGUCCCUAUGCCCUGCUAGGGCACUACCACGACCUCAGGCAGUACGUCAACCACAGCCCCGGGAACUCCAAGCGAGGCUUCGGCAUCGACUGCGCCAUCCUGUCCUGCCAGGUCUACAUCUCCCAGAUCCUGGUGGCAUCCGCCCUCGGGGGCGUGGUGGAUGCCGUCGGGACCGUCCGUGUCAUUCCCAUGGUGGCCUCCGUGGGCUCUUUCCUAGGCUUCCUGACUGCCACAUUCCUGGUGAUCUACCCCGAGGUGUCAGAGGAAGCCAAGGAUGAGCAGAAAGGCCUGUCCUCCCAGCCUGUCGGUGAUGGCAGCAGCGGGGGCCGCGAGAAGCCCACUGUCCUGAAGCUCUCGCGGAGGGCGGGCCUGCACGCACUGGUGGAGUCGGAGUCAGUGGUCUGAGCCACACUCCUGGUGACACGUGCUCCCAGGCAGGCGCAGGGGACGGCGGGGAGCAGGAGAGGCGCUGCUGCUCCUGCGGCAGCACAGACAGGCCUUUCCCAACAUGUAGGUGACAUUCAGUAGUCAUAGGGUAGGCUGAGCUGAGCUCCUAGGCAAAAAUGCCACACUAAUUACUUUUUCCACAAUUAAAAAAAAAUCAUUUGAAAUCUUUUUAAUUGAAAAAGAUCUUUUAAUUUCAACUUUGUCUUUUAUUCUGCAGGUAUAUUAUUCUGCAUGUUUUUACAUUGUAAAACAUUUACAAUAUAGACAAUAAGCAAUUUAGAAAAAAAUAAGAUUUUUCAUUUCUAAAAUUUAAUUGAAAACAAAAAGAAUCUGACGUCCUUUGCUAUAUCUUAUCUGAAUACUUCAGGUAAUAGUAGUGUAGUCAAUGACUAAGACAUUUUUAUCAAAUUUUUUCUCUGGACACCUACAGGUAUUUGGACCUUCUGUCAGAUCUUGUCACAUUUUGUUGGUGCUGCAGCUGUUGGAGAGUAUUUUUCUUUAUGAUUAUUUUAGAAGAAAGCAUUCUCUUUUUCAUGACUGUGGUUUUCUUAGAAAACCAGUGUCUCUUCUUUCCUCGGAGAGUGUGACACGUGGUGCCCAGGGCAGCCCUGCUCCUGGGCAGGGCCCACACCAAAGCUGGGAGGAGCCCUGGGGUGGGGCAGGGUGCCAUCGGGGGCACCCAUGAGCUCUCUGCGUGGCCAUGUGUGCGUGUGCGUGUGUGUGAGCGUGUGUGUCACAGUGCCCUCCUGGGAGGCUGUCAGCCCCUGCAGACCCCUCCCCACAUCAGGGAAGGAAGCCAUUGGCUCCGCGUUGCACUUUGAUUUCGUCUCUAAACCACGUGCUGGGGAACCCUCGGCAGAGCUUCGGGUGGACACUGCCUCCCACGUCCCGCCGCAAGGCUACCUCGGGUAUGUGUGGGACAGCGGCCUCGGGACAGGGAGCAGGAGUGCGUGGGGGACCUGCGUGCCAGAACCGCUGGAACUCUGUGACUUCCUCGCCUGCUGGCCCUCUUGACUCUGGAAUUUGGAACAGCACAAGAAGCAUGCGUCUGUCUGGACAGAGGGAAGGCCACCUCGCCGGAAGGCUCGUGAGUGUCUUCGAUUUCAGCAAAUAAGCAAAACUCGGACUUGGGGGAAGUACAGUCGUCAUAUACUGCAGCUACUGGAAAAUGUUUUUCAAAUCACCAUCUCUCUAUAACUGAGCGGUUUCUGCUCUUGUCUGAAACGGUCUAAGCUUCCUGAGAUCAGGAGAAAGAGGCCCCCUGCACACUACAUGGAUAAAGUCAGACAAUUGUAAUAUUUUUGCUGCCUCAAGUUAAUGUUUUUUAAAUAAAGUACUUUAAAAUGCACGAGAA